AUGCCAUGGAAGAAGAAUCUGCUCGAACGCGACGUCGAACCGACCUGCUCUUGUACUGAUCCGAUCGCCGCCGAGUGGGCUACCAACAAAUUCUUUGCGGAUGCUGCGACAUCUGCUGCGACCCCGGCCGGUUAUUAUCAAGCAUUUAAAAAUGGACAAGCAUGGGUCUCAGGAGAUGGGUUUAUUGGACACACGACGAUUGAUGAGUACGAUAGCGGCAUCUGCGCAGCCAUUUGCAAUAGCAUUGACGAAUGCUCCUCGUUCGAAAUCUACUUUGAGAAGGAAAUCGGCGGACCAGCUCCAGCAAUCAAGUGUUCUUUCUGGGCUGGUUCCAUCAGCCCUGCUGGUCCAAACAGUGCAAAUGCGGUCAUCGCUGGUUGUAACGGCUACACUAACAGCACCUUGACAACUCCGAAAGGAUUCGAUGUGCCAGUAUUCAUUGCGGGUUCGGCGAUCCAUCCACCACCGACAUCUGGGGCUUUCAUGGGCUCAAAGAUCUUCUAUGGCCCAUUUGACACAGCAUACUGCGCCAAGGAGUGCAGCGCGGUCGGAUGUAAUUUCUUCAACACCUAUGUUCUCUCUAAAGACGGUGUGAGCCAGGGUCAAUAUUGCGACAUGUACGCUCAGACGUUCGGACCGGAAUGGGCCACGGAAACUGGAAGAUCAGAUGGGAACACAAACUAUACCAUCUCUCACAGCUUCACCUGCCGUUCCGCUGGAGAAAAACGUGGUGAGGAUCAUUCCAAUACCGGCAGCAAUGGUGGCAAGGGAGGGUCUUGGGAAGAUCAUCAUCCCUGGCACGGGAGCAAUCCCUAUGCAGGCAAUACUGGGAGCAGCUCCAGCAGUAGCUCAAGCACUUCGAAAAUUUCCACUUCUGCAGGGCCUUCUGCGACCUCUGGCAGACCGGGAGGUAACGGUCCCAGCCAUACUAGACACUCACCAUCUGCUUCGACACCAGUUUCUCCCACGGAUGGGCACACACAACCUGGAGGGGGAACGGGGACACCAUCGACGUCUGCUUCCAGCACGCCCACGAGCAAGCCUGGAAACAGCUCGGGAACCCGGAACCCCGUUGAUCCUACCACCCGGAGACCUUCAACCACUCCAACCGGCCCGAGUGGCUCUUCGACUGGUGGUGGCCCAGGGCAUUCAGGACCUGUUGAAGCGACUAGCUCCAAGUCGACUCCUUCCGGAUCCGGACGGCCUCCACACUCGUCGCUCAGCAAGCCGAAUCACGAAAGCCAAUGGCUCGACUGGAACAGUUCUCAUUCAUCAAAGACCACGGAGUUAUCUUCGUCAACCACCCAAGAGCCUGUUGAUGCAUCGACUACAGAGACCAGCUCGUUUUCCAGCGGGCGGCCAGGACAGCCAACUCGACCUCCGGGUGGUCGCCCACACUCUUCAUCAAACAGAGGGAAUAGUGGCUCUGGUGGCUGGGGGGAUUGGGGAUUGCCAACGGGACAUAGUUCCUCCGAUACUUUGACUACGACGACCACCUCGUCGAAGCCAGUCGAGGCUGCAUCGACGAAAUCUACCACCUCUUCCGUCCAUUCUGGCAACCCCACUAUUUCGCACCCCACGCGUCCAGGAGGAUGGCCAUCACACAGCGGAUCAGAGAAACCGUGGCUUGAUUGGACGUCAUCGUCCACUUCAAGCUCUCUCAUCGUCGAUGACCUUACCACAACUUCUUCUGCACCAUCUACAUCUUCUGCGUAUCCACGUCCGAGCAGCUUCACCUGGCCAGCAGAAAAUGGUACAGGAAAGGUCUGGCUGGAUUGGACAACUUCGUCUUCAACUUCAAGCCUUCUGCCUGUUGACGCUGCAACAACCACCUCGAUCCAGCCAACUACCACUUCCACAGGUUACUUUAAUCCUAGCAGCCGCUUUGCUUGGCCCUCGGAGAAUGGAACAGAACAGAUCUGGCUGGACUGGACGACAUCUUCAACUUCAAGCUCCUUGCUUGUUGACGCGCUAACAACAACCUCAACACUUCCAACGACGACUUCGACUUUGUCGAGGCCGGGUGGCUCCGGCUGGCCCUCGGAAAGCGGGACACAACGAGUCUGGUUGGACUGGACCACAUCAUCCACCUCUAGUUCUUUGUUUGUUGAUGCGGCAACAACAAUAUCGACGACCACCGCUACCUCGAAUGCGGUGAGGCCUUCCGGCUCUACCUGGCCUGCGGAAAAUGGCAGUGCAUGGGAAGAUUGGAGUAGGACAUCUACGUCUACCUCGACCAGUCUUGCCGUGGCCGACGCUACAACUUCUUCUCUUCCUACCACCAGCUCUGGGGCAGUUUAUUCUAGUUGGCCGUUUGAAAACGGCAGUCUAUGGCUCGACUGGACCAAGACAACUUCAUCUUCGUCGACCGUCCUUCCUGACGCCGAUGCUACAACUUCUUCGCCUCUUUUGACCACCACUUCUCAGACCACUUCAAGAGCAGCUUACACCGGGUGGCCUUCUGAAAAUGGUAGUCUGUGGCUGGACUGGACGCGGACAUCCUCAUCGACGUCGAGCGUUCUCACUGUUGCCGAUGCCACUACGACUUCGCCCCUGGGCACGACCACGCCUGGUUAG